AUGGUUUUUCGUUGGCGUGGACAAGAAGAAAAAUUUAAAGUAGCAAGAAGCUCCAAACGACGAGUAGGUUCAGGCCAAAAACCAGCAUAUCCUCUUGCAGAAGAUGCAUUAAAAUGCUGGAUUGAUGAACUACGCAAUGAAGGAAUUGCUCAUUAUCCAAAUGUAUCUGAAACUUUUAAAGCCUCUUAUAACUGGUUCUAUGGCUUUAUGAAUCAUUAUGAUCUCUCUCUUCGCCCACGUCAAAAUAAUAAUCUAGAUCUUGCCUGUAUUGGAAACAUGGAUGAGACACCAAUUUUCUUUGAUAUGGUUGGCCAGCUUACCGUUAACUAUCGAUGUGCUAAGACUGUGCAAAUAAAAACUACAGGAAAUGACAAAAAUCGGUUUACUUGUGUAUUUUCAGUGCUUGCCAAUGGUAUGAAACUUCUAUCAAUGGUUAUUCUUAAAGUAAAAAGAUUACCUCGGGGUCCUUUUACUCCUGAUUCUUUUAAAGGACAUCUAACGGAUGUGGUCAAAGAAAAAUUUAAGGAAACUAAUACUAUCAUGGGUGUUAUACCUGGGGGACUUAUGUCGCUUGUUCAAGUAUUGGAUGUCAGUAUAAACAAGCCUUUCAAAGAUCACUUAUGUGAAAGAUGGAGAAAUUGGAUGGCAAAUGGUGAAUUCCAACCUACCAAAGGCGAAAAUUUCAAAAAGCCAACAUGUAACUUAAUGUAUCAAUGGAUCGUUGAGGCUUGGGAAGAUAUUCCUACCAAAAUUAUUGAAAAGUCCUUUAAAAAGUGUGGUAUUUCGAAUGAACUUGAUGGAAGUGAGGAUUACCUAAUACAUAGUGAAGAAAAGAAUGAUGAGUUAGAAGAACCAUUUAUU